AUGACAGGUGCGCCCUUGUCCUCGUCGUCCUCGGCGCCAAAUGGCUCGGCUCCGGUGAAGUCGCUGCUAUCUGAGCGGCUGCUGGUGCUGCGCAACAAGUCGCCACCGGAGUCUCAGGACUCAGACCUGGCGCACAUUCCUCUGCCCUCCUCUCCUACGGAUUCCUCUCACAAGGGCAUCCACAAGUUGGGGUUUCCGCGGAAAAAGAGUGACAGCGACUCGUUUAGCGACCACAGUGACGACAGGAAAAGCUUGAUGAGUAUUCUCAGCCGAGUCCGAAGGAUAUCGCGCUCCAGUUCUGAUGAAACUGAUCCAGAGACAAAGCCCGAUCCAAAGACAGAGCGCAAAACACAACCUAAUUUGGAGUACCACGAGGAAGAAACGUUCACAACGCCAUUGGACAAGAAGUCGAUUCCACGAGAGCUCAUCGACCAGGGAAUUGAGAUGCUAAGAGUGACUCAUAAGAAGAAGAUCAAACGGUGUUUCCGUCUAAAUCUGGACAACAAUCAUUUGAUCUGGAACAACAAGGCCUCGUCUUUCCUGGAAAUUGACAAGAUCAAGGCGAUCAGGACCGGUGUCGAGGCCAAGAACUACAGGGAGGAGUUUAAAGUGUCAUCUGAUUACGAAGAUUUAUGGAUAACAAUUAUCUACUACAAGGACUCCAAAUCAAAUAAUAUCAAAGCCUUGCACAUGAUUGCUCCCGGAAAACAUGAGUACGAUAAUUUUGUCACCACGUUGCGCAACCUGGUAUACUUCAAACGGCAGAUGGACAGUAUCAGUGAGCUGUUCACUGACUUGCACUGGAACAACAAAAACUCCGAAAACGAGCAUCUCUCGUUUGAGGGCGUCCUCAAGUUGGUGUCCAAGCUUCAUGUCCACGCCAGUCCGGAGUAUCUCGAAAAUCUUUUCCGCAUGGCUGACUCAGAAGCUAAGGGAUAUCUGGAUUUUCAGGACUUCAAGAAGUUUGUCGGUUUGCUUCGAGACCGCAAGGAGCUGAGGGCCAUCUUUGAUCAACAAGCCAGAGUCACGCCGGGAAAACUGACUUUCGAGGAAUUUUGCAAUUUUCUCGUUGAGGUACAAAAGGAAAAUAUCACCUACUCGCAGGCAGAGCAGAUAUUUCAUCGCUUUUCAAAAUCACAACUGUAUCUCGAUUACGACGAAUUUGCAAGUUUUCUCACCAGCUCAUAUUCGAAGCCAUACAUCAGCAUCCAAGAGGACUACUCAUACCCGCUCAAUGAGUAUUUUAUUUCCUCAUCGCACAAUACAUAUUUAUUAGGAAGACAAGUUAAUGGAACCGCCUCAAUCGAAGGUUACAUUAGGGCAUUACAACGAGGCUGUCGUUGCAUUGAGAUAGACCUCUGGGAUGGUGAAAAAGGACCAGUGGUUACUCACGGCCGCACUUUCUCCAGCUCCAUUGAAUUUCAACUGGUGGUGGAGACAAUCCAGAAGUACUCUUUCAUCACGUCUCCCUAUCCUGUUAUAUUAUCGCUAGAGGUACGCUGCAAUGCUGAGAAUCAGCUGAAAGCUGCCAAGGUCCUCAAGGAUAUUUUACAAGACCGGCUGCUCGAAUAUCCUGUCAAAUCGCCUUUCGAAACGCUGCCUUCUCCCGCGCAAUUGAAACAUAAAAUUCUAGUGAAAGUGAAAAAGUCCACAGGCGAGGGAGGAAGCUCUGAAAGUAUGUCCUCGUCGUUAUCCUCGUUUAGCGAAGACAAUAGUACAAUCACAAAAAUUGUUCCUAAGAAAAGAAAGACCAUCAAGGUCUCUCAGGAGCUGGGCAACCUCGGGAUCUAUGUGAUUGGAAUUAAAUUCCGCAACUUCUCUCUCCCCGAGUCCAAGACGUUCAACCAUUGUUUUUCCUUUAGUGACAAGACAUUAGUGAAAAUGGUCAGGGAGGAAGCUAAGUUUUUUGCUAUUGUGAAGCACAACAGGAGGUUUCUCAUGAGAGUUUAUCCAUCAAUUUAUCGUUUCAGUUCAAAUAAUUUCAAUCCCUUCUUUUUCUGGGAGCUGGGGUGCCAGUUGGUUGCAACGAACUGGCAGGUCUACGAUGUGGGACAGCAGAUCAACGAGACACUAUUUAAUAUAGGAACCAACUCUGGUUACGUGCUCAAACCUUCCUGUCUGCGGAUCAGAAACCCGAAGUUGCAGAAUAUCGAUCCAUUGGGCUGCUUGAAAUUCGAGCGAAGUCGGCGCGUCAGCAUUGAGCUCAUUUCUGGACAACAACUUCCCAAACCCAAGGACAUCAAAUCGGACUUUUUUGAUCCUUUCUUAGAGCUGGAAUUUUAUUGUGCAGAGGUAUUGGAGGCUAACGUCAACUCCAAGACCGAGAAGCUGGGAACGGUCAUCAAGAUGGAGUCCCCCAGUCACCAGAAAUCUCUCGUUGAGCAAUUGAUCAAACUCGGAGAACCCUCUGUUGUGUUUAGGACAGCUCCAGUACCCCAAAAUGGGUUCAAUCCUGUUUGGAAUCAAAGCUGCUCGGCAACGUAUCUCACGAACGACAUCGAUUUCGUUUUUUUGCGCUUCCUGGUCAAGUGCACCAAUGAUGGCUCCGAAAAACUCAUUGGAACGCACACGUGCAAGCUCGAUUACUUGAAACAGGGCUACAGACAUCUUCCCUUGUACGAUCAGCAAGGCGAGGAAUUUAUCUAUUCGACAAUAUUUAUUAAAGUGGAUUAUGAGGACAAAAAUGAUUAA